AUGCCUAACUGUGCAAACAUUGGAAUAUUUGCAAAAAAGAUGAUGAUUUUAGUGCUUCUGCCUCAUACAGUAUGCAAAGGAAAUGCAGAGAGCUGCACUGUAAUUGAACCAAUUCCUAUUCUGCACAAAUAUUAUCAGUCAGGUAAUUUCAUCAUUGGUGGCAUUAUUCCUCAAAUCCUUAGGCCAUAUAAUCCAAUAGACUUCAGUGACCAUCCUCAUCAUGCCAUGAUUGAUGACCUAAUUGUACUGACUAAAAAUUAUCAGCAUAUGCUGGCCUUAAUAUUUGCUGUAAAGGAGAUAAAUGAACAUCCACAGAUCUUGCCUAAUUCUACAUUAGGUUUCAACAUUUAUGAUAGCUAUUAUGAAGCGAAAUGGACAUAUCACAGUGCAAUGGAACUUCUCUCCACACAGAAAAGAUUUAUUCCCAAUUACAGGUGUGACAGCCAGAAUAAUCUGGUAGUUAUCAUUGAAGGGCUUGAUAUUGAUGUCUCACUUCCUAUAGCAAAUAUUCUGAGUAUCUACAAGGUUCCACAGUUCACAUAUGCAUCCACUGCAGUGAUGAUGAAUAAUCAAAGAGAAUCACUUCCUUUCUUUCGGAUGAUUCCAAAUGAAAUUUUGCAGUAUAAGGGUAUUCUUCAGUUACUUCUGCAUUUCAAAUGGAUAUGGGUUGGAAUCUUGGCAAUAAACGAUGACAAUGGAGAUAGGUUUGUGCAGAGAAUUCUUGCAGGAUUUCCUAUGAAUGGUAUCUGUUUUGACUUCAUAAAAAGAAUCAAUAUUCCUUUCCUUGAUGAUUAUAUUAGUUCAGUUAGUGAAAUGAUUGAAACUAUUGACAAAAUUAAGAGCAGUGAAGCCAAUGUGUUGGUUCUAUAUGGAGAAACUCGAACAAUGAUAUAUUGGAGAUGGAUGUUUCGACUAUUUGAGGUAAAAGGCAAGGUAUGGAUUAUGUCAGCCCAGACUGAUCUCUUCUCCUUACCUUAUCAAAGAGAAUGGGACAUUAAAUUCAUCAAUGGAGCACUGUCUUUCACUGUUAAAUCAUGCAAACUUCCAGAUUUCCAACAUUUUUUUCAAAGCAGAAAACCUUCCAACUCAAAGGGAGACCAUUUUCUCCUAGCAUUUUGGGAACAAGCAUUUUCCUGUAAAUUUUCAAAUUCCCAUGCAACUGGGGGCAUCUGCAUGGGAGAAGAGAAGCUUGAGGAUCUUCCUGGUACAGUUUCUGAAAUGUUCAUGAUGGGACCUAGUUACAGCAUCUACAAUGCUGUUUAUGCUAUGGCUCAUGCACUUCAUUUGCUACAGAAAUCCAAAUCCAGAUAUGAAUCAAUGACACCAUGGCAGUUUCAUCGAUUGCUCAGGGGGUUUUCAUUCAACAAUAGCGGUGGAGACAAAAUUUCAUUUGAUCACAAUGGAGAAUUAAUAGUUGGGUUUGAUAUUAUGAAUUGGGUCACAUUUUCAAAUCAAACAUUUCUUAAAGUGAAGGUUGGAAAAAUGAAUUAUAUGUCCACAUCAAAACAAGAGUUCAGCAUUAAUAACCAUGCAAUCACUUGGCAUGACAUUUUCAACCAGACAUUGCCUCUCUCAGUUUGCAAUAACAAUUGUCAGAUGGGCUAUAGACGAAAAAGUCUUGAAGGAAAGCCAUUUUGCUGCUAUCAUUGCAAUCGAUGUCCUGAAGGGAAAAUUUCCAACAGGAAAGAUAUGGAUGACUGCUUUAAAUGCAAAAAAGAUCAAUAUGCAAACAAAGAUCAGUAUUUAUGUCUUCCUAAAGUCAGUACUUAUCUAUCUUAUGGAGACCCUUUGGGAAUAAGUUUAGCUUUGUCUGUUACUGCUUUUGCUGUCCUCACAGCUCUGGUGCUUGGAAUUUUUAUGAAGCAUCACAAUACUCCUAUUGUCAAAGCCAACAACCGAGAUCUCACUUAUAUUCUCCUCAUCUCUCUCCUUCUUUGCUUCCUUUGUUGUUUGUUGUUUAUUGGCCAACCCACAAAAGUAACAUGUCCCCUACGACAAAUGAGUUUUGGAAUCAUCUUCUCAGUGGCGGUUUCUUGCAUGUUAGCAAAAACCAUCAUAGUGGUUCUGGCUUUCAUGGCCACCAAGCCAGGAAACAGCAUGAGAAAAUGGAUGAAGAAAAGUCUGGGAAGUUCCAUUGUACUUUCCUGCUCCUUGAUUCAAACAUGUAUUUGUUCCAUAUGGCUUGCAACCUCCCCUCCAUUCUCAGAUGUUGACAUGCAUUCAGAAGUUGAAUAUAUAAUACUGGAAUGCAACGAAGGCUCUUUGGUUAUGUUCUAUUGUGUCCUAAGCUAUAUGGGUUUCCUAGCUAUUGUAAGUUUCACUAUAGCUUUCUUUGCCAGAAACUUACCAGAUAGUUUCAAUGAAGCCAAAUUCAUCACUUUCAGCAUGUUAGUCUUUUGUAGUGUAUGGUUAUCCUUUAUUCCAGCUUAUUUAAGUUCCAAGGGGAAAUACACAGUAGCUGUGGAGAUCUUCUCAAUCUUAGCCUCUACUGUUGGGUUGUUGGGUUGUAUUUUUUUCCCUAAAUGCUUCAUAAUUUUAUUGAAACCUCAAUUAAAUAACAAAGAUCAGUUAAUAAGACGAAUAACAUAA